GAUCUGUCAGCGCUGAACUCGGUCAGUCGUCGCUGUAUCCGCGAGCAGCACUGAGGGGCUUUAUGUGUGGUUAUGACUGAGGAUAAUGGAGAAAAAUGGCAACAGCACGGACUGAGAUCACUCACAGAGAUUUGGACUGGACGUAGAUGCUCCGCGGCCUUUUGAUUCCGCCACAGAUGUGGGAAUUUUCUGGAUUACAGUGAAGUUACUGGAAUCUUUGUCAUCUCGGUCUGAAGAAAGCCAUCCAGGCGGCCUGAAAUCACUCAGACUCCAGCUGAAGCCCAGCCGCGGUUAGCUGCCUGUUACAAAGCAACAUCGUUGUUUUAUUCUGUAGAAAGUUAUUCAAUAAGCUAAACCUGUGCAUGGCUAAAAUCAGCGCUUUGGUGUCGUUAUAUGAUUACUGUUUUAGCAGUCUGGGAUAGCAGCAGCAGGGAUAAUAGCUAAGCUAGCUAGCGGGGCUGGGGCUAGCCUGUUGUUAGCCGGAAAGCUGCGCUGAAAUGACAACAAAAAGACACACUCCAGGUUUGAGAGUUUGAUGUGUCACAAAAAGAUCUGCUUUAAAAAUAAGCAACAGCUGCUAGACUUAGUUUAAAGUAAGUGCAGACAGUAAUCAUAUUUUCUUGCAACUACAACAAUCAUUCCACAGCUGCAGUUACACUUUAAAUAUGUGCUUUAAUCUUUAAUCUCGCAAAGAAAAGUCUUUUGUUCUUUUUUUUUUUAACAUAAUUUUAAGUUGUCAGUGCCAGUUUUUCUUCCCUCCCAAAACUAUUAUUGCUCUUAUCUUUAAACAAUGUUUUACUUUCCACAACCACAUUUUUGGCAGCCAAACAGGACAUUCCUCUGAGACUGUGACCCCCUUUUUCCUAUUUUUUUUCUUUGCCUGAAAUUAAACUACCUACAGUUUUGAAGACUGUUAGCAGGCAAAACAAAGACUCCCAGACCCGCAUGCGGAACAUUCAUGGCAUAACAGACUGUGUAUCAGGGAAUAGCAACGCGUAAGGGUGCUGUUUGGUUUCCCCUUCAGCUUCUUGGAGACUACUCCCUCGACCUCCAUGUGAGACAGGAUGGGCAGCCAGGGCAGCCCAGUGAAAAGCUACGACUACCUGCUGAAGUUCCUCCUGGUAGGAGACAGCGACGUGGGCAAAGGCGAGAUCCUGGACAGCCUGCAGGAUGGAUCUGCAGAGUCCCCUUACGCUUACAGUAGUGGUAUCGACUACAAAACCACCACUAUUCUCCUGGACGGCAGGAGAGUGAAGCUGGAGCUGUGGGACACCUCGGGACAGGGCAGGUUCUGCACCAUCUUUCGCUCGUACUCCCGCGGAGCUCAGGGGAUCCUGCUGGUGUAUGACAUCACCAACAGGUGGUCCUUCGACGGCAUCGACAGGUGGAUCAGAGAGAUCGAUGAGCAUGCCCCAGGCGUGCCUCGGAUCCUCGUGGGUAACCGUUUACAUCUGGCUUUCAAGCGGCAAGUUCCCACUGAGCAGGCGAGGGCGUACGCCGAGAAGAAUGGCAUGACCUUCUUUGAAGUGAGCCCGCUGUGCAACUUCAACGUCAUUGAGUCGUUCACGGAGCUGUCGCGCAUCGUCCUCAUGAGGCAUGGCAUGGAGAAGUUCUGGAGGCCCAACAGAGUCUUCAGCCUGCAGGACCUCUGCUGCAGAGCCAUCGUGUCCUGCACGCCGGUCCACCUCAUCGAUAAGCUCCCGCUGCCCGUCGCAAUCAAGUCCCACCUCAAGUCCUUCUCCAUGGCCAACGGAAUGAAUGCCGUCAUGAUGCACGGACGCUCCUACUCGCUGGCCAACCCAGCCGGCGGCUCCAAAGGCAACAGCCUGAAGCGCUCCAAGUCUAUCCGUCCGCCGCAGAGCCCGCCGCAGAACUGCACCCGCAGCAACUGUAAGAUCUCCUAACAAGCGCCGCUCCCCGGAUCGCAGCUUGGAGCGGGCGUGGGAUCAGGAGACGGAUGUGCAGGGUGUCGUUAGCUGGAGGAAAUCCCUGAACCCGAAGAGCAGGAAUGAUGGAUAAAGGGAUGCAUGAGCGCUACCUCCCACCUACACGAGGUCAUGUUUCAAGUGUUUAAUGUUCUUUGCAGGUGAAGGGGGAGGGGUUCGAAUGGUGCCUCAGGAAAUUUAGAGAGUAACUACAAAUGUUUUGAUCUUAUUUACACUAAAACAAGAGGAAAAGACUCCAGAAACUCCUCCCUGCUGGAGAGGCUACUACAUGAACAGAGAUCCCUCACCAACGCAUACUUCGUUACUCUACAUGAUGCACGCCGCUCAGUGUCUGCAUCACCGCAGCCUUCACUUUCACACCUUUCCUGUUUCCUUUUUCUGUCCACACCCGUUAUUUUUUGUUCUAUGACUGAUAAGCUAACCAUCAAAACACUAGAAAAGAUCAGUCGCUUUUUGUCAGCACACGUGUUUUAAAGUGAUUUUAUAUUAUAAAUCCACAGAGGUUUAGAGGCCCCACCCCCCAAAAAACCCCUGGAGGACCCGGCCCGAGCCGAGUCCAGACUUGUUAGUGUGCCUUGAGCCCAAGUGAACGAGCAUGCAGCAGAUAGAUCGCUAAAAGCACAACAGUAACCAUGAAUUAGAAAGAGUUUCCUAUUUUUAGUUUGCAGUCCCUUCAGCUUCUGAUCUUCUGAUGGUCUCCAUUUGUCGCUUAAAUGCAGCCAAAUGUGAUGAAUUAUACUGAGGAAUUUAUUUUAAACACGCUUUUUAUAUACAUUUUUUUUUUAAGGAAAAUGUGUUUGUUGUUCAAUAUUUCACAUGACAGUCAGCCAAUCAAAUGUGCAAACCCAAACUGAACUUUUCAGACGGGUGGAAAUGUGCUUGGGACUAUUUUCAGUGGAGGAGUGAUCCACAUUUGGUGUUCUAGUGUGGAGUGUGGUUAUGUGUCAGUGGUGCAUCUGUUUUCUUUUUCGCCCGAGAGCUUCAGCGACUUGAUUUUCCCCCCACUCCUUCCUGACAUCGUGCUUUUCAGAUUUCACGCCUCACCUGUCGUGUCACACCUUUCUAACUCAGCAGAGUCUCGUCUGCGCUCACCUGCUGCUUCUCUGACAACGUGCCGCCGAUCCAGACUCGCCUCGAAGCGAUGCUCCACCCAAACGUGUUGGUAACGGAGCAGAUAGUGACGCUGCUGCAGUCCAUUAAUCCAUGUGUUGGUUUCACUGAAAACAGCAACGUACGAUAAGUUCAGCACGUUUAAUGAAGCCUUCACAUUCUGAAUGUUUUCAGAGUUAUCGCAUCUUGAAGUACAUCAGGGUGGAUUAAGAACAUUAUACAUGCGUCUCCUCACACUCGUGCACAAACUGUGACGCUGGGAGUGGGUUUAAAACCGAUUCGUUUGCAUUUUUUAACAGAGCUUCAACAUCUUUUUAAGCCCUGGAAGUUUCACAUGGAUAUGUCAGCUGUGAGGGAUCAAAAAAUGCAGAAUAACUGCAAAUUUGGACCCUUUCCCAUGUAAUUAGAGGGCCUGUAACUCUGAAGAUAUUCAUGUGUGAUGGUAAAAUUUUGCUUGGCUUCAUUAAAUAAACUAAAGUUAUUGAACAUAAAAAAUUCAGCUGAUUCUGAGAGACCCAGAGACGAGGGACCGGGUGAUUUUUCAUUAAAUAAUGCUGCUUUUCUGGGGUUUUAUUGCAUUUUAAACAGAUUAUUUGUGGUUUUUCGCUCUUUUAUGACUCAAUCGUCAGCUGAAGCUCUAAAUUGAGCACAAAGAAGUGAAGCAAAUAUAUGGUGUCACCCUAAUGGCUGCAGUGUCACAGUUGAUCACUGAUUAAUAAAACCCAAAUCACACUAACUUUGCUGAAAGAUGUUCCAGCUGUCAUUGAAUUUCUCAGAUUUGCACUGCAAAAAGUUCAAAUUGAAUGAACUUAAAGUCAUAGAAGACAAAGAAAACCGGCCGAUCGUGCAGAUUUGAAAACUGCAAACUGUUAAUUAGGAGCCAGAAGUAGCACAGAGGAAAUCUCCACAGUGUUUUUGUGCUCAGAUCUGAACGCGUGGGCAGAGAGCCUCAGCACGCAGCUUUUCUUUGGCCUAAAAUGCAGUUUGAAGUUUCCCAGCGUCGGGGUGCUGUUUCCGAUUAAAAUGAUCAUAUUUACUGUGAAGCUGGGCUCUGUCUGAAACGGCCCUGAAGCUCUGCUGCGACAUGAUUGGCUCACGUGUUUCUGUUUUGGUUGCUGAUUGGUGAUUUUGGUGGAUCGGCGAUCACUCGGGCUUCGCUGAGUGUCGCGCCCGCUCUUUGUGUAACAUGUUUGGUUUUAUUUUCACGAGUUUAACCCGAGCACAGCUGCUGCUCUUCGUUGGGUGGCGAGUCAUUGUAACCAUCCGGUCACAUCUUUAACCCACACAGUCCCCUCAGCUGUUAGCUUACUGCGCUCCUGUGACUGCUGUAGCUGCGGGCGUCCUGCACGUCUGUCUGCGGAGGUGUUUCCAUAUUCAGUCUGCCUGAGCUCUCGUGGGGAGAGGCAGCGACGCCCGAGACUUUCUGAAGCUGUUGAUGAUGUGACAGUUGAAGUUCUGAUGAGGGCAAACAGGAAACCAGUCACAGCGGCUGGUCAGGCUCGUGUUGCAGUGGAAACUUUCCAGUAUUGAUAGUAAACAGUGACCCGUGUUUAUCGGAGCGCUCUGAAUGUCACUCGCUGUCUUUCAUAACCAACUCUCAGAGCAAAGUGUCAGCCGACAGGAACAUUUUCACUUUUUGAGACGUCGCACAGAGCAGAACAUUAAUGGGGAGAUGUUAAAAAUCUAAAGCCUUUCUCUCAGUGGAAGCAUAAAUAGUUUCACUUCAUUACAGGAUGCUUAACUUCCUUUUUUAUGCUGUUUGCAAUUUUUAUUCUGUGGUUUUCGUCACAUUGCAGAGAAAAUCAAUAAUGUGUUUUUGAUCAACUGCGACCAAAUCAGUUUCCCGCCCACUCAGAGUCUCAAUCUGAAGAUAAAAUCUCGCCUUCAUUUCCGUCACAACCAUGUGACAAAAACGGCAGUAGUUAAUCAUUUAGACCCAGAAGGAGUCGGAGUUAGAAGACGACCGCGGUGUCAAAUGUAGAAAAAAGCAGACGUGUGGCCGCGUAUCGCACACGUCUGCUGGGAUAACUUUUUAACUUUGCACGGCGUCAUUAAAUAAACCACUCAGCAGAAAUCAGCUGACUCUGAGGGGGUCAGAGGUCAGGUGGGAGCGAGCUGCAGGUCCUUUCAGAGGACUGAAGCACGGACGUGUGUUCAGGAUGCCUGCUGCUGGUUUUCCUGAUGUUUGAAAUACAAAACACAGCAGACUGCGUUUAAACGUGAGCUCUUGAUAAUUGAAUCAAGCUGCGACCACGAGGAUGGAAUUAAAUGACCGUCCGCCUCGUGUUUGCCGUCCGUGUUCCCGCCCUGCUCGUCCUCCUGUCAGCGCAGCGUCGGCCUCCGUGUGCGAGCGGCCGCUCGUGUAGAAACGAGCCGGAACACGUGAAGUCUUCCGAGUCGCUGCGUUUUAAACUCCUCCGACUGGAUCUCCCACGGGAACCAAAGCAGCAGGUCUUCUUCUCUCUCUGCCUCUGAUCUGCACCGCCGCCUCCGCACGCUGUCCCAUGAUUCAUAGCUGCUGAAUAAUAGAUGCUCCUUUCAUAGAUCUCUGAAGAGCUUCAUCUCUCUCUUUCUUCCUCUCUGCUCGCUGCGUGGUUUGUUUCCUCCUCAGUUUCUGCUUCUGUCUUCUUUUCCUUCGUUUUUUCUCUGCGCUUCAUUCAUUUUGCGGCGUCUCUUCAGGCGCUCGGUUUUGUUUUGUCUCCUUUCUCACCUUUAAUGAUGCCCGCCACUGAUCCAGUCAGAUUAUUCCGCCACCACACACAUUAACUGUAGUUCCAGCAGCACCCUCAGGACCAGCCUAAUGUUCUCUAAGAAUAGCCCAACCAUGAGAUGAGUCUUGUUUAUGGUGGUUUAAUGUUCACUGAUCUCAGCACAGUAAACAGCAUCUGUGCUCGGCCUCUCACUGAAAGUGUUUUAGUGCAAAGCUUCUAAAAAUAGAAGCUCGAUCGGGCUGAAUGCUGUUCAUCUAAAAUAACGCACAAGUCACCUGAAAGGUCAAAUAAAGAAGAUUCAGAGUUUAAGUUCUCGAUAACCUGCAGAGAUAUGAGUCGCUGAUUAAAGGAGAAACAUGACGUAGAUUUACAGCGGACCUGUUCAGCUCGUUUCCAGCUCCCUCAGAGCAGCUUUGCAUGAUUCACAGUUCAGAAUAACCCUUCUUUAUCUGAAACCGAACCUCUGUGCAGCCCCUCAGCUCAUCCUCUGCCUGAAACAGAGUAAUUUAGCUCCUCCCUGUUUAAACCAGCUUUCUUCUGAUUGGCUACCACGUGCAAUCGGAUGGUCUGAGAUACAAUAUUAGACAUUUCCACUCUCUGUGACAUCAUUUUACUAACUUUAAUGUGAAUUAAGACGAUUCAUUUUAAAUGUUUUUGUGUUUUCAGUCCUAAAAAUUUCGACAUGCCCCUCAUUUCAUGCAGGAUUGUAAACUACACUUAAAGCACUCUGCAUGUUUCUGUUAUAAUGCCAGACUUCUAUAUUAAACAUGUCUAUUGGUUCUAAUAAUGAGGCAACAAUAUGUAAAUGUAACCCUGUUAAGCCAAAGUUCAGCCUCUUUUUGCUCUGAUUAAGGUUUAGAGAAGCAGAUUUCUUCAUCCCGUCCUUUCUGCAGACAGCACAGCUCACAAAUACUUAAAACUGCCCCUCAGCAGUCGUCCAGACUUUAGCCAGUCAGAAGAAGGUUCAGGAAGGUGGGUGCCUUUAAGCAACGGGAGGAAAGUCAGCUUGUUUGACAGAAAGGCCGGGCGGCGAUAAAUAAGGUCAUUCCUGAUCUGCAAGUCAUGCGGCGCUGCUCUGAUGGAGUCCCAGGAUAAGAUAAGAUACCUUUAUUAGUACCACGAGUGGGAAAUUUCAUGUUAAGGCUGCCGACCUAUUGCACACUGUGGAAAAUGCAUGUACCGGUAAAUAAUUGGAGGAACUUUUACGUUUGACGCACAGCUGAAUAAAAGGAAAUCAGCAGUGAUGAUCACAUGGUUUUUAGUAAACGUGCAGAAACUCUCGUAGUCACAACAGCAGGAAGUGAAGAAACUGUCCUCCUGAUGAGGAGCCUGUGAGCGUGGUUCAGCAGUUUUCUUCUCCUGCAGUAUUUUAAACGUUUGUUACGGAAGUUCAUGAAUGGAAAAACACUCUCACCAUCAGGUUUCAUCUCUUUGCCAACAUUUUUAGGUUUUUAGCUUCUCCCACUCUGAGGCUUUUAUUUUCUCGACAUCAGCACAACAAACCUCGUGUGUUGUUGUGUUUGUUCAUCCAGCCACAGUUUUUUAUUUGAAUAACCACAAAAACGUUCAGAGGAUUGUGGGAAUGUUUGUAACAACAAGAAGAAAAAUGACCAGUAAAACACUACUCCUGUCGUUUUGGCUGAAGCUGCUGAGCGUGUGUGUGUGUGUGUGUGUGUGUGUGUGUGUGUGUGUGUGUGUGUGUGUGUGUGUGUGUGUGUGUGAGAGAGAGGUAAUGAUCUUUAAACAUCAAGCUGAACAUUUUUCUUUCUUGUUUUUAAAUUAUUGAUUGUACAGUUUAAGGCGAUGUGUAUGAAGAUUUUUCACAAUAAAAGUAUUGAAUGUUGACGUCAA